CAAACUAUGUAAUAUGGUAUAAAGGGGGAAGAUUUGACAAGAUCUAAAAUUGAAAUCUUUGAGGACUUGACUAGGGAAUCAGUUGAAUCUUUAGAUAGCUUAUUGCCUCAAUUCCAUUGCGACAACUUUUAGCAACUGGAAAUUGAGAGGAGAGUUGUGGCCUAUUUAAGAGGCUUGGGUAUUAAAUUUAAGACAGACCCCACAUAAAAAGAACAAGAGUUUUAGUAUGAUGUUUGAAUAAUUUAGUGAGUGCCCGAAAAAGGAUGGCAUAAUUUUUUAAUAGGCAAUAGGGGAAUCCCCCAUGAUUAAGAAUAUAUAAAUCAUAAAAUUUGGGAUGGAUCAAAGUAAUACCAAAAGUGAUUCUGAAAAAUUUUUAAGUCCGUUUAUUCUGGGAAAAUAACGAUCGUUUGAAAUGUGA